CUCUGAGUGAGCUAGCCUAUGAGGCUAAAGUAACCAAUAUGGCGGAGGCUUCCCUUGGAAGUUCAAGCCCUGUUGGCUCUCUUUCAUCAGAGGAUCAUGACUUUGACCCAACAGCAGAGAUGCUGGUUCAUGAGUAUGAUGAUGAACGAACUUUAGAGGAGGAAGAAGCUCAGGAGGGGGAAAAGAAUUUUAGUGCUGAAUUGGCAGAUCUUGAGAAGGAAAGGAAUAUGCCCCUGGAAGAAUUGUUGGCCAUCUAUCGGUAUGAACCACCAAGCGGUACAACUGCUGGGUCAAGUGUAGGCAGCUCCCCAAGUGAACUGGCCGAUGACCUGCCUGACAUGACUCUGGAUAAGGAAGAAAUUGCCAAAGAUCUGCUGUCAGGGGACUAUGAGGAAGAGACGCAGUCUUCAGCUGAUGACCUGACUCCUUCUGUUACCUCUCACGAAACCACAGACUUAUUUCCAAGAACACUUAGAUCUAACACUAAUGAUGGUGAUAAAGAGUCGGAGGGAGAAGAAGACGGCCCUAGCCCAGAGGACUCAAGGAAGGAAAUCAUGGUUGGUUGUCAGUAUCAAGCGGAGGUUCCUAUAGGCCUGAGCUUUUACUCUGAUGAUAAGGUGUUCACAGAGGAGGAUCAGUUGCUUUGGUGUCCUGAUGUACUGUCAGAAAAGAAGGUGGAAGACUACCUCAGAAAGGCACUGUCUCAGUCUGCAGACAAUAGCACAGAGAGCUCAAGUGGAGGACACAUACGAGACAAUGAGCAGGCUUUAUAUGAGCUUGCGAAAUGUAACUACAAUACAGCUGAGGCCCUGGUACAAUACAACAGUAACAGAAGUUUUAAUUCCUCGAAAGAAUCACCGUGGUCUGAAGAUGAGUGUAGAAACUUUGAACAUGCACUACUAAUCUAUGAAAAGAACUUCCAUCUGAUUCAGAAAAACAAGGUACCAACAAGAACAGUUGCAGAGUGUGUAGCCUUCUACUACAUGUGGAAAAAAUCUGAACGUUUUGACCAUUUUGUUCAGCAUAAUCGGUUUGGGAAAAAGAAGUAUAGCAUUUACCCUGGAGUAACGGAUCUGAUGGACCGGUUGGUGGACGAGGCGGAGGGUCUGGCGGUGGACGGCUCUUCGUCCUUGUGUGCAGGUGGCGCUGGAGGGAGAUUGGAGGUAACUCCAGAACAGCAACUUGGCCUCCUCAACACCAUCACAGCCCGUGACCUCACAGCUUUGAGCAACAGUGUGGCAUCCGUGUGCAGCCAGGCAGAUGUGAACUGUUUGGAUUCGCCCUACUUCCCUCCUCUGGAGAGUUUCCACCGGGGAGCGCUGACUCACGAAGAAACUCCACUUGGCUACGGAACGAGCAGCGAGGCCGGCUGCCUCAGCGUGCUAGACUCAGCCCUGUAUCGCUCUGACCUGGGCCAACUUAGUGUGUGCAGCAACAAGGAAUGCGAACGUCCCUCCAAACGCCUCCGGAUGGGUCUCACUGACUCCUUUAUCAACGACACACACUGCAUCACGGGGGCCAAAAUGGCCGUGUCGCUCACAGACUUCGGCAGCAUCGCGAGUGAGGAUGCGAACACUUAUCAGCUCGCACUCUCGCCACCACCAACACACUGCACUGCAGUCUGACUGACCCUCACACACACACAUACACAACUCUCCCACCUUGUACAGAACUCUCCCACCCUGACUGAACCUUAUUUCCUUUUUUAAUUAUGUAUAAAUGUACUUUUAGUAAUAUGACUUCAGUGAUGUCUUUAUUGUACAGAGCAAAGAAAUCUUGAUUUCUCAAGAGUUUAACUAGCCUCUUUUUUUUUGUUCCUAGAUUAUAUCCCCAUAUUGUCUGCAUUUAUUUUCCACUUAAACCUACAUGCUGGAGGAGAGAGCUGUACGUGUUUCUCCUUAGUCUUAAAGGGCCGGGUGUAAUCUUGUAAAGAGAAAACAUGACACAAGAAUGUCUUUUUCAUUGUUGGAUUAUGAAUGAUGGUAACUUUGGGCACUGGCUACACCCAAAAACAACCCGUUUAAUAUGCAGAAAUGGUUCGUCAUUACCUUUAUACUUAAUUUAGUUACCUUGAUGGUGUUUUUGAAGCUCUGGUUUACUUUUCACAUAUUUUCUUAAGUAUGAUGGUACACUGCUUAGCUUAAAUGGAAACCCUAGUUCAGACACCAUCAUUAAAAUAAUCAACAGGCUGUCAUUAAGUUUCACCAGGAAGGCUACAGUUCAGUCCUGUUAAAGUAAACCAUUCAUUUUACCACAUUAUUUUGCACUUGUGCAAAGUUUUGCUUAACUGUUAUAUUGUCUUAUAGCAAUAGUUUGGCUGUGGUAACUUGGUCAUAUCAGACUUGUUUGCUUAUUGUUGAUAGUUACAUCUGAGCAACUUCCUGGCUCUGUCCCAAAUGUAUACAUUAUGUAACUAUACUGUUGGUCAUUUAUAUUUGAUAUGCUGUUUAGUGAUGUAUGGUGUUUAAGCACUGCCCUCUCUUAUGUGGUUGUUCAGAUAUUACAAGAUCACACCUGGCUUCACAAGGCUAGUUUCUCUCUUUUCCUAACAGCAGUCUAUAGUUUUGCUGUCCCUUAAAUAUUGCAAUUUGAAUCUUGUGUUGUUUUUUAAGCUGGUUUUCUAAAUUGGUACUGUUUUCAAUGUUUACACAAAAAGCCAAGUGACACUGGGGCCUUGCAAAUGUAGCAUUUUGUAUAUCAGGAAACUUUCCUUUUUUCUAAAUAUAGGGUUACACAGUAAAACCACAUAUUACAAUGACAAGCACUUGUAAGAUUUAUAAUGUUUUGGCUUCCAUUCUUCUUGAAUGCAUGCUACAUUUCCUACCUGCAUUUUUAGGAACCCUGAGCUGUUUUAUAUGAGGGAAUUACUUAUUUGUAUUUGUCAGUAGGUGUAAUUGUUCUUGUUUGACUGGGUGUAUUCAAGAUUUAAGAUCUAUACUUUUACAACUGAUGUCAGGGAAACUUGUAACUUGUUUUUUCCACAGGGGGGGCUGUUUCCACCAGUAUUAUUUUCUUUUCCUUGCCCUCCUGGAAAGAAGUCACAGGAGAAAGAAGGUGCACAGUUCUUUCACUACAGAAGAUCCAUAAGAAAUGAUGGGAUGUCGCUCAGUCUGACUCGCCUCUAAGCUCCUCCAAGCUGGAGUCCCUCACUGUUUAGCCACACCUGCUACAACUGAAAAUGACCUGAUUUGUUGCAUCAGGUGUGUUUGUGUUGUGAAGGCUGUGCACCAAUGUGUUAAGAUUUGGCCCCGAUAGAGUCCAUGUGUGUUACUUAUGCUGAACAGAAAUUGGGUUAGAUUAGGUUGUUGAAGUGCCAAUGGAAAGAGUAAAAUGACCCACUGUAGAAUAAAAAUGUCUUAGGAGUUUAUGUAAUAUAGUGGAACAAUAAAAAGGCCUGUGACUUUAAAAGUA